ACCCGCUUGACAUGUGGGUCAUGGACUCUGGUGCUGCAUGGACAAUGACACCACGCAAGGACUUGCUGGAUGCUGUGCGAGCGCCUCCUAUCUCUGAAGUGCGCUCAGCAUCCGGACAUGCAGUGAAGGUCGCUGGAGUUGGUCGAGCUGCAUUCAGAGCACCUGAUGGUGGACUGGUUGUGCUGAAGGACGUGUUACUCGUACCGGGGCUGAAGGCCAAUCUGAUAUCGCUGCGCAAGCUAGGCCAGGCCGGAGUCAGCACCACCACCAAUGGAUCCAAAACAUUCAAGGGGCUGCGAGGAGAUCGUGUGUUAUGGGAUUUACACGAAAGCAGAGAUGUCUUCAGAUCCAUGUGGCAGAUCCCUGCACUGAUAUGGGAAUCAACAAAGAAGGAGUUGGGAGAAGUAAAGGCGGGAUCUGGAGUCCAGGGGGAGUGUAAUGCAGUUAGUGCUGCAGGAGUGACGGUUUCUGCAAGGUCGGGGGAGACUGAUUGGGAAACCGCACACAGGCGUCUAGGGCAUGUGGCUAUGCCAUUGCUGCAGCAACUGCAUAAGGAAGAAGCAGUAAAGGGGCUGAAGCUUUCUGGGCAACCAAAUGAUACCAAGUGCGAGACGUGUCUGCUGAGCAAGUUCACACGGUUCCCCUUUUACGGCGUAGCUGGGAAAAGCAAGGCAGCACUGGAACUGGUGCACAUGGACCUGGUAGGACCUUUUCCAGUCCGAGGAAGUAAGGGGGAAAGGUACUUCCUGACAAUAGUUGAUGACUGGAGUCGGCUGAUGUGGGCAUACCCGUUGAAGCAGAAGGAUCAUGCUGCCUCAACAAUACGAGAUGAUUGGCUGCCGUUCGUCGAGCGACAAUCUGGGCACCCAUGCAAGAGCAUCAGAACCGACCGAGGUGGAGAGUUUCUAGGAGGAGAUCUGACUGCGUGGCUCAAGAAACAAGGCAUUGAGCAUCAGCUAACGACGUCCUAUACCCCUCAGUCAAAUGGCGUUGCUGAGAGGGCUAAUAGGACCAUCCUGGAAACUGCGCGAGCGCUGCUGAUCGAAUCAGGGCUGGGGAACUCCAUGUGGCCUCAUGCGGUGAGGCAUGCUACAGUGGCAAGGAACCGCGUACUCACAAAGGUGGCUGAUGAUAUGUGGGUGCCGCUGGAGAGGUGGCUUGGAAAGAAGCCUCCAGUGGACAUGCUUCGAGUGUUCGGAUGCAUGGCAGUGGCGCAUGUCCCUAAACCGUACAGGACAAAGCUUGGAGCAUCUGCACUUUGGUGUGUGCACCUUGGGCUUGCGGCAGAGAGCAAGGGGUGGCUACUCUGGGAGCCCUCAAAGAAUGUGCUGUUUGACAGUCGGGAUGUCAAAUUUGUGGAGAACAUCAUGUAUGGCAAGUGGGAGAAGCAGCCGGAGGCAAGGGUCACCCAGCAGCUGGAAGAGAUCACUAUGCACUUCGAUCUGUCCGAACCUGAGGACAGCGAAGUCACUGCGCCAACGGCAAGCGGUACUGAUGAAGGAAGCAAUGAGGAUAUUGCAACUGAUGCUGAAGUCAAGGAUCCGGAGCAGCAGCAGCAAGAGGCUUCCAAAACACGAAGUCUGCCAAAGCGAAGGAAACAGAUUGGUGGGGGGACAAAGGAUUGGGUGAAGGUGAAAGAAUGGGUAAGUCCAACCAUCUACCCUGCACGUACCAGAAUGGCAACGAGAAAGCUGCUGAGCUCCACAAGUGGAGGAGCCACAACUGAGCAGCAGGAACAGGCUCAAGGCGAAGAUGCGGUGCUGUUAUUGGGUGAUGACCAAGAGUCAGAUGACGAGGAGCCGGCAUACUGCUUUUACGCACCAAUACAACCUCCGAGCAUGGAUCAUGCGCUAGCCGGGCCUCAACGGGGGAAGUGGCUCGUUUCAAGAGAUGCAGAGUACAACAGCCAGAUGGAGAAUCACACAUGGGACCUGGUGUACUUGCCAAAUGGGAAGAAGGCAAUACAGUGCAAGUGGCUGGCAAAAAUCAAGACGGAUGAGAAAGGAGAGCCAUCAGUUUACAAGAGCAGGCUGGUGGCAAAGGGGUUUCAGCAGAAAGAGAAGGAAGAUUACAAAGAAGUGUUUGCCCCAACUGCUAAGUCUCCAACGCUACGUGUGCUGCUGGCGGUAGCUGCUGUGCGCAAAUGGAAGGUGAAGCAGAUGGACAUCGUAACCGCUUUUCUGUACGGCAUUGUGGAAGAGGAGGUGUACAUGGUUCAACCACCUGGCUAUGAGGAUGGAACCGGUCGUGUCUGCAAACUUAACAAGGCCAUCUAUGGCUUGAAGCAGGCCCCGAGAUGCUGGUACAACAGGCUGGCCAGUGCACUAGAAGGGAUUGGAUUUCGUGCGAGUGCAUGCGACGAGAGCCUAUUCCUGAUGGGAGAGGGGGAGUCACUUGUGCUUCUGCUGGUGUACGUGGAUGACAUCCUGCUCUUCAGCAGCAGUGACAAGGAGAUCGAUGGGGUGCAGCGGAAGCUCACAGAGCAGUUCAAGUGCAAGUCACUUGGAGAGGCAAGGUACUACCUGGGAAUGCACAUUGAGCGGGAUACUGAACGUGGCUGGCUCAAACUGCAUCAGGGACAGUACAUCAACACCUUGGCUGAGAAGUACUCUCUGCAGGAAGAACGGGAAGUGGUCACACCUUUGCCUUCCGAGUUCAAACUCAUAAAGACAGCUGAAGGAGAAGGAGUUGAGAGUGAAGACCAGAGGCAAUUCCAAUCCAUGGUCGGGAGCCUACUCUACGCUGCUGUGCAUACUCGGCCGGACAUCAGCUAUGCUGUGGGACAGCUGGCUCGAGUAGUGCAAAAUCCAACAGAAGAGCAGUGUGGUGCAGCGGAGAGAGUGGUGCGCUACCUCAAAUCAUACCCUACAGUGGGAGUACAGUAUUCAGCCUCUGCUCAACUCAGUCAAAAAGGAGUUGAAGUCCUCAAAGAGAAGGGGGAGCAGCUCGGAGAAGGAAAGGUGUUCCUUUCCUGUUUUGCUGAUGCCACGUGGGCUUCUGAGCAUGAGGAUUCAUCAUCAGUUGGUGGAUACAUCUGCAUGGUGGGAGGUGGGCCUGUAAGUUGGAGGUCCAAGAAGCAGUCUGAGACGGCACUAUCUUCAGUGGAAUCUGAGUACAUGGCGAUGUUUCAUGCGGCAAAAGAAAUCAUCUGGCUAAGCAGGCUCUUGAAGGAGAUCGGCCAUGAACAGAUUUGUGCGACACCUCUGUUCAGUGAUAGCAAGGGAGCCAUUGCCAUGGCACGCAAUGCAGUUCUUCAUGGGGUCCUUCCCUUUCAUCCUUCCCUUCCUACCCCACCUUCCAACUGUGCUUCAAUGCCUUUUCUAUCAGGCCUCUGAACUUGUAAGCUUCAAUUAUAGUGAC